AUGACAGAUCUUGAAGGUAACGAAAUUGGAAAAUUGUUUGUGGGCGGCCUUUCACAAACUACCAGCGAUAUUAGUUUACGAGUCUACUUUUCUCGUUACGGUGAAGUCGAGGAUGCCUCUGUCAUGAUUGACAACAGAACAGGAAGAUCAAGAGGGUUUGGCUAUGUCAAAUUUCGGGAUCAAAAGUCUGUAAAUCGGGUUCUGACCACUAAACCACAUUGGUUGGAUGACAAAGAGAUUGACACGCAACAGUGCAAUGUCAAUAUGAAAGGCCGUAAUCGUCGGAAUUUGAAGAUAUUUGUCGGUGGAAUAGGUAUGGAACAAGACGCCGUCUCGAUAAAAGCCUAUUUUGAAAAGUUUGGACGCGUUACAGAUGUUAAUCUGCUGAUAGAUUCUGUCAAACAGAAACAUCGUGGUUUUGCUUUUGUCGGUUUCGAAGACGAAAAAACUGUAAACCGUCUUAUUAAUAUGCACUUUCUAACCAUUGGAAGUAAGAAAGUCGAAAUUAAAGCCAUGGAGCCUCCAAACUAUAACCAGAAAAGUAACCCAAGUUCAGAAAUAUCUAAUUCCGAAUUAUGUUUGCUGAAAGAUAGCGGAAUUAAGUGUGCCUCCCAUGGCGUUAAGGCAAAUAAACCUCAAAGCAAACACACCGUCGUCAAAUUAGAUAGCAAUCUACCCAGAUUUGUACCAAUUUCAAAAGUAAAUCCCCCUGUCAAAAUUGAUCCGAGUCCUCAACUCUCAAUUCCAGGCAAUGUUGGCUCCAUGCCAUGGGUAUAUCCCAAUGGCUAUUUUCCCAUUUGUCCACACUUUUGCCCCGGGUGUCAUCCAUAUCCCUAUCAUACUUUACAGCCUGGUUUAAAUCCAGGAUAUUUUCCUGGAUCAUGUAUGAACUUGUGGAUGCAUGGUGUAUGUUCUGAACAACAACAACAACAAGAGUACAUUCCACCACCGUCGCUGUCUAAACAACAGAUUGGUCUCCUGGGAGAUCCGCCUAGUUUGUUUGGUCAGAUGCCCACAGAAUCGAACAGCGUCGAGAAGCCCCACUCGUCAAUUCAAGCUAAGCCGUCUGGUGAUAACUUGGAUCGUGAAGGCAUCAAGACUAAAAUAGCUGAACAGCACUUCUCCCAACUAAUAUCCCCAAUUCCAGCAUACAACUGCAUGUCCCAAUAUUUGCCACCCUGUUCCUUUCGUUAUCCGUUUCAGGAGUGCCAAAUGUAUCCACAAGCCCCCUUUUCCCCGUUUCCACCUUCUAAUGUCUAUAAUACCCAAAAUCAAGAUCUGAACGUUGGAGUCUUCGAAUAUGAGGUGAGUUCUGAUCGAAAAGAGGAAGAUAUCGACCAUGAGGCGUUCUUUUCAUCUCUAAUGAAAGAUCACUCAGAUUCGAGGUUUACAAAUUACUCUAUAAGUGAAUCAAAGACUAAGACUGAACGUAAGAUAAUGGCUUCGGGAGAUAGAGUUUCAGAUAUUUUUAAAGAUUUUGACCUCUAA